UCGUACCGUCACCAUCAUCGUUCAACCUCCAUAUUCACCAUCGUUACCAUGUCCUCGAUUUCGACCCAUUUUAAUUGACCUAUAAAACAGAAUCAUCGCAAUGGCUCAACGUCUCACCUACAGACGCCGUCUCUCCUACAACACUCGUUCCAACCGAGUCCGCAUUGUCAAGACUCCUGGUGCCCGCUUGGUCUACCAGUACGAGAAGAAGCCUGUCAAGGCUCCCCGUUGCGGUGACUGCGGUGUCGCUUUGGCUGGUCUCAAGGCCUUGCGUGCCCGUGAGUUCGCUACUGUUUCCAAGACCCAGAAGAACGUCAGCCGUGCCUAUGGUGGUUCCCGCUGCGCUCACUGUGUUAGAAACCGCAUUGUCCGUGCUUUCUUGAUCGAAGAACAAAAGAUCGUCAAGAGAGUCCUCAAGGCCCAGACCCAGAAGAAAUAAAUCAGCUGUUUCUUUUGUUUCUAGCUGAUAUUGCCAUCCAAUAAAUCGCACAUGCUACGCUUGUUUGCAGAUAAUUACUAUGGAGGAGACAACGUCCGGUGCUUAGUUUUGUACAACAA